AUGUCAUACUUUCUAAGAAAUUUUGAUCUUUUGAACGAAUCACGUGCGAGCAUUACGUCACCAAAUGUUUCAUUGCAUUCAUCAAAAGAAAAUUAUUUUAUACAUCCAAAGGAGACAUCAUGUCAGUAUGCGCAAUUGUUGAAAUAUUGCGCCAAACUUCCACAGCGUGGUCACAUUCUGCGCUUUCCAACUGCUCGUCGACGAUCGAUUUAUACAUCUACAGAUUUUGAUACUGAGGCAGGAUGGGAAGGUGAUCGUUUUCGAGUAAUGAUUGUAGGAGAGGAAAGGAGAGGUGCCGAUGGAACAGAUCAUGGAUUUAGGACAGCUUCGCUAGAUUUGGCACCUCAUUUAGAAAUCCUUGCAGCUCCGUCAACUUUCGGAGUUGUUGCUAUUGCUAGAGCUAUCAUUCUGAAAUAUACUCCAUUUUUAAAAGUAACUCUUUCAUCAUUUGACGAUAACAGAAUCGAUUCUCAAACUGUCGUAGAAGUGGAAUGCAACAAUGAUGAAUUGGGAAAGAUUCGAAGUAGCGGAAAUGAAUUAGUAUUAAUGGGACUGAAAUGUAUGUUUUCGGUAUUAUUUGAGUUGAACCGACGUGAAUCAGAACUUUGUUCCGAAGCUCUUACUUCUUUGCUUCAUUUAUUGGAGCAUAUGACAAGUGACACAUUAGUGAAUGAAAGUUACUGCUCAGUGCAGAGUAUGUUUAAUAUGCUCUGUCAAUUAGCAAUCGAAGGUGGUGCCGAAGUGUCAGCGAAAGCAGUAUCGUGUAUGAUAGCUUUAGCGAUUGCUUAUGGUGCACCAGAAUUUAUACUUUCAUCAGUAGCCACUCUAUUUUGUGAUAAGCUCAAUAAAUUAUCAGUUGAUGUGACUGUAUCAGUUGAGGUACCCAAAAAUCAUCAAAAGUUAGCAAAUUUGGUGCGACGGAUUCUGCUUCGCAGUAGUAAUGUGCCAGGAUGUAGUGGUGACUGGUGGUCGCACUGUUUGAUGGAACAUGCGAUGUUGUCAUCCUUCGAUGUGCGAAUACCGGAUAGUGUCCUUCCAGAUACUCCGGAUGAUCGUCGACUGACCGGAGCAAUUGCUUCUGACGGAGAAUAUGUAUAUGUUCUUGCUUGUUAUGGUUUAUUCAAGUAUGGUACAGGCUUGGCGGAAACAAUCGAAGGCAAAUUAUAUGCUUCUAAUAAUAAUUUAAAGGCAAACAAAGGUUCUUGGUUGGCAAUAUGCAAUGGUGCUUUAUACCUUCGGAGACGUCAGUCAUCUCGAAUGUGGGUUAUUGACGUCGAUACUCUCCGUGAGAUAGGAGAAAUUAUGCUACAUACAAGUGUCACAUCAGGUACUAUUUUCACCGAUGGUACAACUUUCUUCCAAGCUGCUGUAGAUGAACAGUGGACAUUAACGGUUACUCCACUGGAUGAUUCAUUCACUCCAAUUCAAGAUUUGCGACAAAAUCAAAAAUUCCGCCUUGCCGAAUUAAAUUAUAUCGCUGUUGGUGAAACAUACCCAAUACCACAUGAAUUACCUCUCACUCUUCCUAAAUCUCUGCAAGCACAGGCAUCAGAUUUACAAAUGAAUCGAGAAAUGGCUUUGCUGUUAGCAAGAAAUGGUAAAGUUUAUUACGCUGGCGAUGGCACACGUUUAGGUUUACAGAAUGUUGGUUGCAACUGGAUGAAGCUAGUAUUACCAGAAUCAAUAGUUUCAAUAGCGGUUGGUUUUGAUACGGAAACAAUUGUAUUACGUUCCGGAGCCGGACAUUUAUGGAUUGCUGGUGUAGGGCCGGAUACGGUACGCCAAGGUAGUCCGACUGCUGGUCGAUUUCAGAAACAGGAAGCAGGUUCAGUGGCUGUUAAGUUAAGAAAAUUUCAAAAUUUAAACAGACGGCGCUGCUUGUCAGUGGCGGUAUCAGCCGGAUGUAUAGCAUACGUAGUGGAUAACGGAAAAGCAUACGUUUGUGGCCGGCACACAAUGCAAUGCCAUCCGGAAACCGGACAUAUUUAUGGCCUGGAAAAUGUUCAUUUGGCAUCAAUAGCUCUUGGCAAGACCCAUGCUGUUGCUAUUUCACGUCAUGGUCACCUGUAUACCUGGGGCCUGAAUAAUCUUAAUCAAUGCGGUAGGAUCGAGUCUGCAAGCAGUUACAUGCAUCAAGAAGUUGCUAGUGAAACUGAAAAUGAAAUGUGUAAGACAGCAAUGACCGAAGGAGUAGAACAAAGUUCAUAUUGCCUUCCAAGUGAACAUCUUUGGGUCAAAGAUUUUGCUUCAAUUUGUUUGAAAUGUGGCAGAUGUUCGGCACGUGGAAGUCGAUGUGCACCUAUAAGAACCGAACGUGAUACGAAAGGAACGCCAUGUACGUGUGGAGAAGGUGAAACGUGUUGUCUAAGGUGUGGUUUAUGUCGUGCAUGCGGUGAAUUCGUAGUUGAUACUUUCGAUCAGGACAUACGGACAACACCGCCAAGAGCAGCACUUCCUCCCUCUCGUCUAAUUCUUCAGAGAGAUAGUCCCGAAAUCAAGGUUUCAUCCGUAUGUUGUGGCAAUUAUCACACUGUUGUAUUAGCUGCUGAUCGACAAGUUUUCACUUUUGGUUCAAAUUGUCAUGGACAGCUAGGUGUUGGUCAUAUAAGGAAAUGUAUUGGUCCACACAAGGUGAAUUUACCAGGUAAAGUGCAAGUAGUUCAAAUUGCUGCUGGUUCAAAUCAUACGGUGCUAAGGACAGCUGAUGGAUCUGUUAUCACAUUUGGUGCUCAUAGACAGGGUCAACUUGCAAGAGAAGGAAAUGAAAAAAACUGGUUUGCAAUGCCAUCGUUUGUGGCAGGUUAUGGUCGUGGAAGUGGUACCGUUGCAACCUGGAUUGGUGCCUCUGGUGAUACUACUCUAAUUCACAGCCAAAUACGCAUUUACAGCAAUGAUAUCAUUUCAGAUUGUCAGAUAGUCGCAGACAGUGAAACCAUAAUAAUAUUUCCGAACCAAAUUGGCAAGAAUUAUAUGGCAAUUCGACGCAAAUAUAAUACUUUUUGCCAGUAUUCAUUGGGUACUGAUGGUCUCUACACUAAUUGGUGCUUGGAAUCGAAAUAUAAUUUAUUGUGGGCAUUUAAUACAGCUGAAAUGCGUAUUAAAUCAAUCACCGAUUGUGUUCCAAUUUCUGGUAAAAAAAUUGAAGCAGAUACUGUCUUUGAUGAAACGUUGGAAGAAAUCGUCAAAGAAAUUCAAUUUCUUCGUGCACCCGAAUUUCUGAUUCCGGUACGGAACGAAGCAAGUUUGUCUAGCAAACACGUCGCUUUGAAUCUUUUUGGAAUUACUUACGCUGCAACGAUACUGGAAAGCAGACGAGCAGUUGGACAGAAGGAUAAUCAAUUUGCUACGCAUUCGAAAGCAUCAAAUAUAAUUGGUGCGGUAAAUGGACGAAAUUUAUCAUGUGGUUAUCAACAUGUCAAUCGUUUUGAUGGAUAUGGUGGUGGUUGGGGAUAUUCGGCUCAUUCCGUGGAAGCAAUCCAAUUUCGUACUUCACGUGAUAUUCGAUUUUUCGGUGUUGGAUUAUACGGCGGACGUGGCGAAUACAUUGCGAAAUUAAAACUUUAUCGUCUUUGUCCACCAGACUAUAAUGAACAGAACGUUGAGUUACUCAGUGAAUCUGAUGAAAUGCUUUACGAAUGCGCCGCACACGAGAAGGCGCAGUUAUUGUUUUCUCGUUGUGUCUUAAUCAAAUCAAAUUUAUGGCACGUCAUUUGUGCACAAAUUAAUGGUCCAAGUUCUGAUUGUGGCUCUAAUGGACAGUCUAAUGUCACUGGCGAUGAUGGCGUGCAGUUCUUUUUUCGUAAUUCACGUAUGUCCAACAACGGAACCGAUGUAAAUGUUGGUCAGAUUCCGGAAUUUUUAUAUGUUUCGGAAACAUCUGAAGGACAAUCACCUAAUUUUGAUGCGAAAGAUAAAACAAUGGAUAUCUCCUGUGAUUGUAUUUCGUGUGCCAUAAGUUCACAUCAUCUGUUAGAGGUUUCGACACUUACCAUUGAAUCAUUGUUUCGUCUGCUUGAUUGGUCUAUUCAAAAAGCUUUAGUAGAAGUAUUCAAUAAAGAUAAGUCAUGGUACCAAGAAUGCAAUAUGAUUAUUGUCAUCUUGUCCUUAAGGUUUUUGCGAUUUUACAUUUGCUCACUUUAUCUGCCAUCCAAGAGUGGAAAACAGAUAAAUAAAAAAGAGCCAUCAAGUGGUAUUGCUGAACAAAUGGUGCGAUUCGCAUCUAUAAUUGGUUCAAUUUUUGAAAUUGCAAACAACCAACACAGUGAUAGUACAGCUUAUUCGAUACUACUGGAAGAAGCAGUCAGUUGUGCAGUGCAAUGUUCACAUGUCUUAUACCCGAGUUCAGUAAUUUUUCUCGACCGACUUUCCUUCUUAAUGUCAGCGCCAAAUCGUGAAUGGUCAUUAAUUGCAUUAUUAAGUGCAGUAUUAAAUCAGGAAUAUGUUUUACCAACUUUGCUUGGUUCUGAACGUAGCUUUGCACAGUUUCCAAUUUUGCUUACCAAAAUGAACGAACAGAUGGGUAAAAAACGAAUAUCAGCAAAUCAAUACCGUCUUGUUUCUUUACAAAAUGUAUUUCGAUUUCUCUUUGAAAUGGCUUUUACGUCAGCAACGUCAGUUCAGAAUGAGAGCCGACUACGUCUUAGAACUGUUGCACAUUCACUAAUUAUUGCAAUUGCUCGAGAAUUGGUGACAUCUAAAGACACUAUCGGUGAUGGCCCACCAAUCUUGCAAACGCCAAACAGGUUUCGUCGUACUGCAGCACAUGCAAGUUGGGAUGUAAGCAAUGGUGCAUGCGAUGCAAUUGCAUUAAGUGUAGAUGUAACUGGUAUUACUUUACAUGGAGUUGGUGUAUACUGUGCUCACCACGACCAGGAACAGAGCUUUGUAUGCGAGGUACUAUUAAAUGGUGGUGAUGCAGCACAUGAACAAUGGAAUGUACUGGAAAAAGUUGUUGGCACUUUAGCGAAUAAAUUUGAGCCUUGUCAACGAGAAGUUUGCUUGUUACGAUUAACCAAAGUUAUCAAACUGCAGCCUGGUUGUACCUAUGCUAUCAGACUACAGAUUAAUGGUGGCAAAACAUUUUGUGGUGAAGGCGGAAUUGGAACUGUUCGAUUAUGUGACGGAAGUCGGAUGCAUUUUGAGUCCUGUAAUCUAAGCCUGAACGGAACUUCCUUGUCUCGUGGCCAAAUACCGUUUGUUCUCUAUUCUAUACAAGACGAUGAAAGUGAUGUUAUUCAACAGUUAGCUAAUCCUGAACAGUUGGCCAAUUGGUUCUUAUUGCUAAUUCGCAUGCUAUCAUCUAAAAUAUCAGAUUUAAUUGCAGCCGGAAAUCUUUUAUCUCAGGAACAGUCUUUUUGUUCAAGUAUUGCAGGUUACAUAAUGGUAUUUCUGGAAGCUAAUCCACAACGUGCACUGGAUGUAGUUGCAGUGUUGGAUGAUCUGCUACCGAUGGUUUCAUCAGCAAAUGGUGAACGACUUGCUGAGGAACGAGAACGUCUGCUUAUGAAAUCGAUGCAUCACAACAACGCCUAUUCACGCAAUUUGCAAACAGUUAUCGAAUCAGCACAUCCGUAUUCAUCUUGUGGGAUACAGUCGCAGAUUGUCGACUUCGGCAAAGAAGUCCAGUUCAUGACAGUGCAAUUCAGUGAAGAAUGCUGUACCGGUCAGGCAGAUGAUAUUUUAUGGAUUUAUGCAAAAGUUGGUACCGAAUGUUAUGUACCUAUUGGAAGGUACUACGGUGAUCGUAAUUGGCCUGAUCGUAUGCUGUUGAUUCCGGGUUCCAAUUUAUGGUUCAUAAUGGAAUCGGCAUAUUAUUCAAGUGAUAAACCUAUUGAGCAAAUUUAUGGUUACCGAUGUACAGUUACAGGAUAUCGAUAUUCAGAAAAAGAUUCUGAUAUGAUUUUGGAAGAAGAAUUGACUUGGAUUUGUGCUAGUGCUUGCAGAUUACUUGUCCAGAUUCCGUCCGUCAAAACCGUGAUAGCAGCAGUAACGAUGGUCGAGGAUGAAAUUGAUGAUAUUGUCCGUAAACAUGGCACAUUACUUCGGAAAGGAUUAAAUCUAUCCCAUCUUCCAACAGUUAAUGAAGUUCUGAAGCGUAACUUGCCAACUCCUUUACAAACUUCAGAUCUGAAAUUCUUAAAAGAGUUUAUCACUGCUUCUGCAAAUACUGUGGCUGGUUUCCUGGCACGAUGGUUGAUGAAUGAACCAGUUGUAGAUCUUCAUUCCAGUCAACUGCAAAUGUCUGAUGAGGAAACACGACUUAGAAUUCCCACUCAGGUAAAGCUGAUUCCUAGAGAUCAAUACAAGGAGUCGUCCAGUUUUCGUGAUAUGUUUCGAUCACGGCAAUGA